AUGGACGGAGGAAAACAGACUAGAGGUAGGCAAAAAAUUGAGAUGAAACUCAUUGAGAAUGAGGAAGAUCGUCUCAUCACUUUCUCCAAACGCAGAUCUGGAAUUUACAAAAAAGCCAGUGAAUUGGCAACACUAUGUGGGGCAGAUGUUGGUGUAGUAGUAUUCUCCCCAUCAGGUAAGCCCUUCUCCUUUGCCAACCCUUCCAUGGAAUACAUAACCAACCGGUUUUUCAAUCGAAACCCGCUUCAAGACACCAAUGAAACUCACCAUCUGAUGGAGACUCACCGCCGUGAUAGAGUGGAGGAACUGAACAAGAAGUACAACCAGCUUCAAACCCAACUUGAAGCUGAGAAAGCAAAAGGUAAGGAGCUUAGGAGGUUGUCAAAGGCCAAGGAUAAAGAUGAGAAAGGAUGGUGGGAAGCUCCGGUCGACGAGCUCGACAUAUAUGGUUUGAAACAAUUGAAUAAAUCCCUGGCUGAGCUCCAUCUUGAUCUGACCACUCACAUUUCACAGAGGAAAAGCACUACCUUUGGUGCUUCAUCUUCUAUUGCUAAUCAUCAUCAUCAUCAUCGUGGAGGAGCUCUUGUUGGUUCUGAUGGAGGGACUAAUGACGACCAAGGAUGUUUGAACCCCGGACCGUUUCCUAAUGAUGCAACUGGGACUGAUAAUCUUUCUGCAAACUUUUGGGAUUAUAAUAAUUAACAAGCUAGCUAGCCGGCUAGUAUCAAUGGCAA